UGUUGUUGACAAAUUCCAAAUUCAAUUGGUUGAACCAAAACACCCAAAAAAAUAAACCCACCAACCCCACCCCGUCCCUUUUUCCUCCUCUUCUCUCGAUCGCCGGCCACCUCUCACUUCCGACCAAUCUCUAAUGCCAAUGGCGGCGGCGAGCGGCCUCUCUAACCUAACACCUAUCACUGCAGGUACUGAAUCGAAGCUUGACCUCCGCAUUCGCAAUUCAUCUUGUUGCCCGGUGCGUUGUUUUACUCCCAGGACACCAAUUUUUGGCGAUAAUCUGUGUUGUAAGAUUGUUGUUCCCAAAUCGCUCCGAUUGAGUCCUAGAUGUGAACUCGCUCCUAAAGCCGCGAUCCAAUCUAAGUCUUCGAGUGUAUCGGCUUUGGAACUUCUCAAAACCUCUGCAGCUGAUCGUUAUACAAAGGAAACUAGCAGCGUUAUUGUAGUAGGCUUCAAUUACCGUACAGCACCAGUCGAAAUACGUGAGAAGCUUUCCAUCCCAGAAGCACAAUGGCCUCAAGCAAUUGGUGAACUAUGUGCCUUAAACCAUAUAGAAGAAGCUGCUGUUCUUAGUACCUGCAAUAGGAUGGAAAUAUAUGUUGUGGCUCUCUCUCGGAAUCGUGGCAUUAAAGAAGUGACUGAAUGGAUGUCUAAGAUAAGUUCUGUUCCAGUCCCAGAGCUAUGCCAGCACAGGUUCUUACUUUCCAACAAGGAUGCUACACAGCACCUCUUCGAAGUAUCAUCCGGGCUCGACUCGCUUGUUCUAGGAGAAGGUCAGAUUCUUUCACAGGUAAAACAAGUUGUCAAAAGUGGGCAAGGAGUCGGUGGAUUUGGUCGAAAAAUCAGUGGGCUGUUCAAGCAUGCAAUAACCGUGGGCAAACGGGUCAGAACAAACACUAGCAUCUCCACCGGGUCCGUAUCCGUUAGCUCAGCCGCUGUGGAGCUUGCUAUGAUGAAACUUCCAAAAUCGUUGCAUUCGUCUGCCAGAAUGUUGGUUGUCGGUGCUGGAAAAAUGGGAAAGCUCGUGAUCAAACACCUCGCUGCAAAAGGUUUUCGAAAUAUGGUGGUGGUUAAUCGGAACGAGCAUAAACUCGCAUCCAUCCGUGAUGAGGUCAAGGAUGUCGAAAUAGAUUAUAAGCCUCUCUCGGAAUUGCUAACGUGUGCUGCGGAAGCAGACGUCGUUUUCACAUGUACUGCUUCAGAAACUCUUCUGUUCACCAAAGAGCAAGUUCAGACACUUCGAAGUCCUCCGAGGCUCUUUAUCGACAUUUCUGUUCCACGAAAUGUGGGCAUAUCCGUGUCUGAAAUCGACGGUGUCCAAGUCUACAAUGUGGAUGAUUUGAAGGAAGUCGUAGCUGCAAACAAGGAAGAUCGAGUGCAGAAAGCGAUGGAAGCUCAAGCGAUCAUCGGUGAAGAAGUGAAACAAUUCGAAGCGUGGAAGGAGUCGCUUGAGACGGUUCCAACCAUCAAGAAGCUUAGAGCUUACGCAGAAAGAAUCCGGGCGUUGGAGCUGGAAAAGUGUAUGUCAAAGAUGGGCGAUGAUAUCACGACGAAUCAAAAGAAAGCUAUUUAUGAUCUCAGCAUCGGAAUAGUGAACAAACUCCUCCACGGCCCGAUGCAGCAUUUGAGAAGCGACGGUGAUGGUGCUGAUGCAGGUCGCCAGAAUCUGAAUCAAAUACUGGAAAACAUGCACGCGCUCAACCGGAUAUUCAGCCUCGACUUGGAGACGUCGCCGGCGUCGGUGCUCGAACAGAAAGUUAGAGCAAAGGUCCAGAAGAAUCGAAGCUAGAAGCGAGUUUCUUGAAGGCUGAAGUAAUUUAUCCUUAAUUUUUGUUUUUCUUAUUCAUUUUUUUGAGAAUUUAUUCGAUUAUUAUGGCCAUCAUUGGGAUUAAUUGGUCUUCCUAUGUAACUAUGUAUAGUUGAGGUUAUAGAGAUGAUCCUUGUGAA